AUGGAAAGGUACGCAAUUGCCCUUAUAGUUUGCGGUGCUACAGCCGCCGCAGUCAUUGCUUUGUGUUGCCUCUGCAAGUGCCGCCGCCGCCGCCUCAAGAUGGAGCCAAUCAAAUCUCCUACGCCGCAGGCGACGAAUUUCGCACAGCCAAUCACGUUACAGACCAGUAAUCCGCCGCCGCCUCCAAUAGUACUACUUCCCGAUCUAGAAAUGGGGGAAAACACCGGCGCUAAAAGAGAUGGUGAUAUGGUCAUAUUGAAGGGAACUGGUGGUUCCACUACUGCUUCGGCCGCCGGAGGUAGAGGUGGAUGCGGCGCCGCCUGCGGUCGGGGUGGGGGUGGGGGGUGUGGCCCCAGUGGUGGCGGUGGAUGUGGAGGUGGGGGGUUCGGUGGUGGAGGAUGUGGCGGUGGCUGUCAUUUUUGA